AUGUCUUCAAUCUACGCUUACUUAACGAACGGUACUCUGCCCCACGACAAGUCUCAAGCACGGAAGCUACGAUACCGAUCGGCAAGAUAUAAAGUCAUCAAUGAUGUCCUCUACAAGCGCGGCUACACCACUCCGUACCUGAAAUGCAUCACCACUGAGCAGGGGGACUACGUCCUUUGGGAGAUCCAUGGUGGCGUAUGUGGUGACCACUUGGGAUCCUGA